AGAUUUUGAAAGGGAAAUCCAUAUCAGUAUAUCGGAUUAACAAAGCAUUUCAGUGGGAACCUUCAAAUUUACAAUGUUGGGCACGGCGUCGUGAGUAAUAAAGUAAUGUCCAGCAAAAGCGAAAGGACACCAUUCUCCAUUAACUAAUCGAAUGAUCGGUGAGUGCUGGCUGAAGGAAAAUGGCACACGUUGGGGCAGUAGUUGCAGCGAUGGCAGGUGUAAUGGCCAUUCUGCUUCAUUCUUCUAUUCACAAGAUUGAGGAAGGACACUUAGCUGUGUAUUACAGAGGAGGAGCUUUGUUGACAGGUCCUAAUGGCCCGGGUUACCAUAUAAUGCUGCCUUUUAUCACCUCAUAUAGAUCAGUGCAGACAACCCUGCAAACAGAUGAAAUAAAAAAUGUGCCUUGUGGAACCAGUGGGGGUGUCAUGAUCUAUUUUGACAGAAUUGAAGUGGUCAACAUGUUGGUUCCAUCAGCAGUGGUGGACAUAGUGAAGAACUACACUGCAGAUUAUGACAAGACUCUAAUCUUUAACAAAAUUCACCAUGAGUUAAACCAGUUCUGCAGUGUGCACACACUACAGGAAGUCUACAUUGAACUGUUCGAUAUAAUUGAUGAGAACUUAAAGACUGCGCUGCAGAAGGACUUGAAUGUUAUGGCUCCUGGUCUCACAAUUCAGGCUGUGCGAGUCACCAAACCUAAAAUUCCUGAGGCAAUCAGAAGAAACUAUGAGCUAAUGGAAGCAGAGAAGACCAGGCUGCUCAUCACUGCUCAGACACAGAAAGUGGUGGAGAAAGAGGCUGAAACUGAGAGAAAGAAGGCUAUCAUUGAGGCUCAGAAAGUGGCUCAGGUGGCGGAGAUUCAUUUCCAGCAAAAAGUGAUGGAGAAGGAAACUGAGAAAAAGAUCUCAGAAAUUGAAGAUGCUGCUUUCCUGGCAAGAGAGAAGGCAAGAGCAGAUGCAGAAUACUACACAGCUGCGAAAUUUGCAGAAGCCAACAGGCUGAAGCUGACACCAGAGUAUCUGGAUCUGAUGAAAUACCAGGCCAUUGCUGCAAACAGCAAGAUCUACUUUGGUCAAGACAUCCCAAACAUGUUUGUAGACAACAGUGCCUCCCAUCCGACCGCGGGCCGGGGUGAGGUAGACUCGGCGGAGCAGCUGGAGGCCUUGAGUAUGAAAGAGAGUCUUAAGAAAGCGUCCAAGCCCAAAACCACAGAACGCCCCUGAGGGGCCUGAGAGCUGUCCACCCCCUCUUCCUCUGCUGUUUCUCUCUCUCUCUCUCUUUCUUUGUGGGGAUUGGGUGCUUGUGAGGCAUGCUGACAUGGAUACUUUUCUCUCAGCUUCUGCAGUGGGUUUGGGUGCUUGGCUAACUAUGGGGUGAGUCAGUCAGCUGAGGAGACUGACAUACUAAGCCUGUGGUUUUCCAGCAGUCAUUUGUGGAUUAAAAAUGUCCAGGAACUGUGCUACUGAGUAUUGCCAGGUUAAAUUGGUGCGAUCCAAAUCCGAAUCCCCUCCCUGGCUAACAUCAGCAUGCUUUUUCCCCUUUUUUACUUUUUAAUUUUUGCUUCUCUUUUACAAAUCGAUGCUAAUCAUUUGUUAGAUGCAGAUGCAUCUAUGUGAAGUAUGUGAACACUUCAAGGUUUACCUUUAUGUGUUGUCCUUUACAUAACUGGAAUAAUAAGGCAUCACACAAAUUGAGAUCAAAGGCAGUGGCCUAUGUAGCUACAAUCUGUUAAACUCAUUUUGGAGCCAAAAUUUGUCAUCUAGUUUUCCUUCAUAUGUUGUUAAAGGGAUACUUCAAAGUUUAAAUUCUUAAAUUAUUUAUUCGACCUCAUGUCAUUCCAAAUCUGUAUGGGUUAUCUUUCUUCUGUGGAAAAUACAUCUUUUGUGUUCUACCAAAGAAAUAAAGUCAUGCGGGUUUGGAACGUCAUGAGGGUAACGGAGUAACUGAUGGCAGAAUUUUCAUUUUUUAGGUAAACCAUCAUUGUAGUCAUCAUUUCCAUCGUCACUAACUUCAUCAUCACUAAAAUCUUAAUUUAGCCCAGCCACAACUGCAGAGAUCAGUCUCUUUUACAUUGGUAUGUAAGAAUCCAUUUGUUUUAAAAUAAUCUCUGCUUGUUUCUCAUUGAUCCUAAUGAUUGAGAAUCUUUCAACGACAUUGACACCUGAAUCAUUGGUGUGAAUUUAAUUUAAUGUAAUGUCAGAAAUAGUGGGUUUGGUGUAGUCUUGUGUAGUGUGUUAGUUUGUUGGUGUUUUUGAUAUGUUGGUUCUUAGAAGGUGUUACACUAAACUUGGGUAUGUGGAUUUAGGGAAGUUUCGAAAGACGUUAAAGUUUUUAUCUGGGGCUCUAGGCUUUGAAAAGCUAUGAGAUGGACAGCUAAUGGAUUCUAUAAGGUUGAGUCUUUUCCUCUAUAACUGAAAAUGCCUUUAUGACAUUAGUUAAGCUUGCUUGUUUUGUCAUUACUGGAAGGAGUUAGUUUCAAAGGGAAUUCAGUUACAAUUAGGGCUGCUGUAUUAUUAGGCAGUAUUGUUUUUUAGCAUUGAUGGGUGAAUGCAUUAAUGAUCAGAUGUUCUAACAACUUAUUAUUGCAUGCUGAGAGCCAGAUGAUGAUUUCCUGAAGCCUCAAAAACUUCAGCAGUGUCGCCAGUAGGGGAAGCCAGUGAUCUUUAAGAAUAUAAAGAUUGGCAACAAAGACCUACAUGACUCAAAGACUUUGUAAAAAGUGUCCAAGUCUGCCUAAGUUGCUUUCAUAUGCCAAUAAUAACAAUUAAUUGACAUUUAAUCAAAUCAUCCAAAUAAGGCUUUGAAUAGUGUCUUCUAGUACCAUCUCUCAGGAAAAGAGACCCGAGUGUUAACUUGAAUGACCUGGAGUUUUUUUCAUACCCUAUAUUAAACAGAUAUCAAAUGUAAGGUCAUGUCUGUGUAAAUCUGUCACAGCACAUACUUUUACAUCUACAUAUUUUCCAUUAAAAGGGACAAGCAUUCAAUAGUUAGUUCCCACUACAACCAGCAGCUUCUUCCAUCCUAAAAUUGACAAUUAUUGUUUUCCUUUAUGGUGUAUGUUUAAGUGUCUCAAAUAUCUUUCUGUUCAUAAGAUCCCUGUGAUUCUAAUGGCUGAUUAAAUUGACUCUCGAAUAAACACACUCUGUGAAUGUCACUUUUUUUAAUGUCAGCAUAAUUUAAGAUCCUAAUUUUAAAACCUUUAUAUGCAAAAUUUAUAAAAUUUUGACAAUGUUCAAUUCUGUUAAAUAAAACUUAUUUUGAUACCGUAAAAA